UUGUCAUACAUUUAUAAAUUCAAUUAUUCAAUUGAAUGUUGUGAUUGACACUUUUUCAUUUAUUCAACUGAUUGCUCGUCUAACAAUUUUACCAAACGUUUUUUCUCCAUUUCAAAUUAAUUUUUAAUUGUUCUGUACUGGAACGAGCUGCGAACGCCUCUGUGUACUUCUUAAAUCCGUUGAUAGUGAUUUAAACUGCAUAAAUCUAACCUAUUCUCUCAUUAAAUUGUUUCUUUUUUUGUUAAUUUUUAUUCAAUAUGGACACUAUUGAUUCAGCUGCCUCUGUUAGUGAACCGGCUAACAUUACAUUUGAUGAUAAUGAUGUUUUACCUAGUCAACCUGAUGAAUCCACAAAGGAGACUCAUCCAGAGGAUCGCCAAUCACCUGAAUCAUUAUCCCAUAUCUCUAAUGUAUCUACCAGUUCAUCCUCUGAUAUUGCACCGGAACCUUUCCAGCCAAAAUUUAAAGUCAAAGUGUCUACUAACAGUAUUACCAAAGAUGGCGAAAGCGUUAUCUACACCAUUUAUACUAAAUCCUUGGAAGGAGAUUCCGAAUGGAAAGUAGAAAGAGUCCAUGACGAUCUACAACAGUUACACCAUAAUUUGAUGGCUACAGUAGCUCCUGGAUUCGGAUUGAUUAUGCCACCAUUACCUGAUGAAUCAGUGACCCAUCCAUCACAAGCUCAAGAAAAGAGUAGGGAAAAAUUGGGACCAAAUACUAACACAUUAAUUGGUGAUGAAUGGUACAAAGAUUGUUGGCAAAUUCAAGAAUAUCUCAGAUUGCUAUUGAACCAUCCAGUGUUUGGUAGUGAUCCAGCUUGGAACCAAUUUCUAUGUUCCGUUAAUGCACCACCACGAGUUAAAUUACAGAAAACGUCAAACAUUUUGGGAAAAUUAUCUGAAAAUAUCGAUUCUCGUGGUAAAUUAACGCAUAAAGAUUGUGAAGAGUACUUUCAAAGGGAACGCGAUUGGGCUAAUCAUUAUGCAAAUGUGAUUAAAUUAACUUCCAGAGCCUUUAAUUGUAUUGUUAAUGCCAGAUUAAAACUCUGUGGAUCUCUGUCUCACCUAUCAACAACAUUAAACUUGAAUAUUCCCGGAAGCAAUGAGAGUCAAUUCAAUCGUCAAGCCAUGAAAUUAAGCAACCUGUUCUCAAUUGCCAUUGAUGACUAUAAGAGAGGAUUGGAAGUGAUCAAUUAUAAUGAUGAAGCUACUCUUGGCUCUAGUCUUGACUUAUGGUCUCGCUACAUGGAAGCGGAAAAAGAAAUGCUUAACCGUCGAACUGGUUUGAUGAUUGAAUAUGAAAAGUCCAAUCGCAACCUGGAUAAGGCCAAACCUAAUAAAAAAGAUGAGGCUGAAAAAUCUAAAUUUGAAGCAGAAAAAUUGUUCGAAGAUUGUUCAGAUAUUGCUCGUCAAGAGAUUAAAAGGCUUCAUAAGGAACGAACCGGUGUUUUAUUAUCAGCCAUCAGGAAAUAUUGCCAAUCCCAGUUGCUCGUUAACAAAGACAUUCACCAAUUACUUUUGAUUUCUUAUGAAAAUUUGAAACAAUUUCGGAUCGAAGCUUAUUGAAACUGGAAAAUUAAAGAUUCAGAUUAAUCUGCUCAUCUCAUCAGUAUUGGUUCAUAAUCUCCCAGGGAUUCACAUUGUUCUUCACCAUAUCAAAUGAAUCUUCAGAAAUGGUUUAAACCGAAAUCAUGGUUUCAGUUUGAUAAAAGAAACGUUGAAGCAAAGCUUUUACAUUAAACUUUGCUUCAACAGUAAAAAUUAAUUUUGUAAUUUAAUAACUUAACUAUCGGCAAUAAUUUACUAAAUCAUCUUUUACUAUUACAAUUAUUUUCUUUAUUAUAUUAUGUUUAUCUUAAUUGUUACAGAAUGAGAAAGAAAACUGGAAAAAUUUAAAAUCUCAACUUUUACUGGACAUCUCUUGUAAGUCCACUUUCUUGUUGUCUUUUACUUUAUACUCAACAUUUGUUACCAUUGAUCUGGUCUUUUGAGAAAUUCAAUUUUCUCUCAUUUUCUAUCCUCAAUAAAUCAAGAAAUUAAAUGAUUCUCAUGUUUA